AACCCAAGGUGGACACCACCAGUCACCAGUCACCCUCAACGCCUUCACCUUACAUCUCACGGUCUCUCUGUACUGUCUCCACCAUGGUUGGCCUGAUAUCCAAAUUUUUACUGUUGACGUGGGUGGUUGUGAUUGCCGUGCACGCCCAUGGGUACAUGUCCUCACCAGCCGCCCGCAACUCGGCAUGGAGAUUUGGCUUCGAUACACCCACCAACUAUAACGACAAUGAACUUUUCUGCGGAGGUCGGGAGGUACAACACAUCAGGAACAGGGGGCGGUGUGGCGUGUGCGGUGACAAUUGGCGGCUGCCUGAGCCUCGUCCUCAUGAGCGCGGUGGUGAGUUUGGCCGAGGAGUCAUCACCGCCAACUACACCGAGGGUCAGGUCAUUCCUGUCACCAUACACAUCGCCUCCAACCAUCUGGGGUGGUAUGAGUUUCGUCUGUGUGUCAACAACAAUCCAAGUGCUCGCGACUCCCAGACUUGCCUGUACAAGAAGCUGCUGUCCCUGGCUGACGGCUCCGGCACCCGCUACACCUUGGAUGGUGCCAUUCAUGGAGACCACAUCGUCUACGUCCAGCUGCCGCACCAUCUCUCCUGCACCCACUGUGUCCUCCAGUGGACUUGGAUCGUUGGGAACACUUGGGGUAUCUGUCCUAACGGCUCUGGGCGACUUGGUUGUGGCCAUCAAGAAACAUUCGUCAACUGUGCAGACAUAAGCAUCCUCCCAAAGACCUACUACUACAGUCACACUCCUCGGAUCAAGCUCAAGUACUCCUUCAACACGUGGUGGUGACCUCGACCGCUGCGUUUUAUGAAUAAAUGUAGUCUGAAAUAUCUGGCUUAACAUACAUUCAUCC